CUUGGCAUUAAAGCAUCUAAUUCAGAAGAAAAGUCAUCAAUUUAUCGAAUUCACAAUUAUAAUUGUAAUGAUAUUAUAUAUUCUCGACCAGCUCCACUGUUACGCUCCAAAACAUUACCGGCAAUAAUCGUACCAAAUAUUGAUGUUUUUCCAGUGCAAGUCAAUACUUAUCAGAUUACUAAAAAUAAAGUCGAGAUGAUGAAUGUUAGAAAACAACAUCAAUUUUCUAUCACAAAAGACAAUUCUGAAAGUAUUAUAUCAACUGUAAAUAACAAUAAAUUUUACCAACCAAGAGUACUCCUUACUAAUAAUAUAUUUGUUUUCAAAGAACGACGUGAAUCUACAAAAAUAAUGCCCCAUCCACAAAGUACUUCUCAAUACCAAAGUAUUAUAACUAGUUGUUACAAACAAAAUAACGACUAUAGUUUAAAACCGCGGAGUUCAACAAAUGAUCUAUUUAAUCAACAAAUAAACUACAGUAUACAAAAUAAUUAUAUACUUAGGAGUAUUUCAAUGGACAAUAUAUUUCAAUCUACAAGUUUGAAUUGUUGCAUGUCUAAUCACAUUGAUAAUCUCACCCCAAAUAUUCCACUAUUGGACUACAAAUAUAAAAAUAAAUUUGAUGUCAAUACUGAAUCUCAUUCACAUGGUGUCUUUAGCCAUCACACUAGUCAAAAUGUGAAUUCUCAUUCAAUGUUUUUAGCCAGAAAGUGUUUAAAAAUUAAUGAGAAACAGAGUUAUUUUUAUCAUGAAAUCGGGAGACAUAGUAAAGGACAAAGUAAUCCAGAUAGUGAGUAA